UGAUUGUUGAUUUACCGGGGAAAGUCCAAAGUGUAAAAACUGUAAAACGCAAAAUUUUAUUCAUAAUUCAGCCGUCAUCCUUUGUAUAAAUAAUUUAAUUUUCCUUAAGGAAUAAUGAAUUUGGAACUUUUAGAGUCAUUUGGUCAAAACUAUCCAGAGGAAUUUGAUGGAGCCCUUGACUGUAUAUCCCUAGCAGUAACUUGUGCCUUUAAUAAGCGCGGAACCUUACUUGCUGUUGGUUGCAAUGACGGCAGACUUGUCAUUUGGGAUUUUCUAACUCGCGGCAUCGCUAAAAUAAUCAGUGCCCACGUCCAUCCUGUAUGUUCAAUGAGUUGGUCCAGAGAUGGAAAAAAAUUGCUAAGCGCAAGCACUGACAACAAUAUUUGUAUUUGGGAUGUCUUGAGUGGAGAAUGCGAGAAAAAGUUCAAAUUCCCAUCGCCCAUAUUAAAGGUCCAAUUCAAUCCUCGAUCAGAUGAGUCUUUCCUUGUUUGUCCUAUGAGACAUCCAGCGGUUCUUGUCAGCAUAGAUGGGACACACAAGAUCGUUCCAUUGGAUGAUGAGUCCGACUUGAACAUAGUGGCCUCCUUUGACCGGCGGGGAGAUUACAUUUUCACUGGAAAUACAAAAGGAAGGGUAGUGGUUCUUACUUGCCCAGAAUUGAAGGUCAAAGCUUCCUUUAAAGUCACGCAAGGCACAUCAAGUGCUACAGCUGUGAAGAGUAUUGAGUUUGCACGCAGAGGAGAUUGCUUCCUGGUCAAUACUGCCGACCGCGUCAUCAGGGUGUAUGACAGUAAAGAGGUAUUAACCUGUGGAGAUGACGGUGAGCCUGAGCCUAUCCAAAAACUCCAAGAUCUUGUCAAUAAGACCAUGUGGAAAAAAUGCUGCUUUUCUGGUGAUGGUGAAUACAUUUGCGCUGGUUCAGCAAGACAACACGCACUCUAUAUGUGGGACAAAAACAUAGGCAAUCUGGUUAAAAUAUUGCAUGGGACAAAAGGAGAGUUACUUCUUGAUGUUGUGUGGCAUCCAGUGCGGCCGAUAGUGGCUAGCAUUUCAAGCGGCGUCGUUUCCAUAUGGGCCCAGAACCAAGUUGAAAAUUGGUCUGCAUUUGCACCAGAUUUUAAAGAACUUGAUGAGAAUGUUGAGUAUGAGGAACGGGAAUCUGAGUUUGAUAUCACAGAUGAAGACAAAGAAGUUGAGUCGCAAAUCGAGAAGUUUGAUGACGACUGCGAGAUUGAUGUCACCACUGUGGAACCAAUCGCCGCAUUCUGCAGCUCUGAUGAUGAUGAAGUGGAUGAUGAGUCAACGCUUCAAUUCUUGCCCAUCGCCCCAGAGGUGGAAGACCCUGAGGAAGGCUGGGGAGCUCCUGGAUCCAUUCCUGUGCCACCACAGUCAAGCGAGCAUGGGAAGAGACCAGUCGAUUCGGAGAGCAAAGAAAACACACAGCCAAAGAAGCCCAAGUACAACUCAUUUGAUAUAAAGCUGGAAAAUGCUCCCACUGAAGAAGUUCACCCAUUCCUGGCAAACAAGGUGAAGGACAAGCAAGCACCAGGCUUGACGUCAAGUGCAAACAAAAAUAAGGCUGGGCGUCCCAAGAUUGCAUCAAAGUCGUCACUGGAUGAAAAGAAGAGGUAUGACUAAGUGAUAGACACUCAUUUUGUAUAAUUGCCAUUUUUAUUGGUAGUAAAAAGAAACUCUGAUCUAAAA